AUGUACUCCACUUUCUCCGCCAACUUUGACACCACGAUUGACGCCUCCCGCGAGAGGUCAGCGUCAGCCACGCCUGUCACAGCUCCACGUCCUAAGCGUAACCAGGUCGCUCGGGCGUGUGACUGGUGUCGGCUUAAUCGCGUGAGAUGCGAUGACAAGCAGCCAUGUCAAAACUGCUUGAAUCGAGGAGGUCAUUGCAGUAACACAAAGCCACAGGAGGCUACCUCGCUCCCGGCUGCAAACCGGGAGAUGCAACGGUUGCGAAAUAAAGUCAAAGACCUUCAAGAGCAGAUAACGAAACUCAAAGAUGAUGCCGAGAUCCAAGCACAGGCGGGUUCUUUGACACCCCCGUCGUCAGAUGCCGCUCACAGUUCGUUUGACUUUGGGGAGCUCGCCAAUACUACGGAAGGAUGGCAAGGCCUCCAAGAGACAGGACAGAUUUAUUACGGACCCUUGUCAUCAUCAUAUUUUGUCACGCGAAUCACUCGGUAUCUGUCUCAAGCGCUCAACCAGCCAAUUGACAAUGCGAAACUAGAAGCAUGCAUGGCACGCUUUCAUUAUAAUACCCCAACUCAUGAACCGUCGCGAUGGGAUACAAACCCCGCCAAUCACGCAGAUCAACACCAGGACGGAAAUGAGGAGGCCGAGGAUUUGACAAGAUCACAAGAGGAACACUUUCUCAAUCUGCUUUGGCAGUCCUUCCAUUGCGUCUACCCUGUUCUCUCGGAACCUGAGUUCCAGGAAUAUUACGACUCAUUGUGGUCCGAUUCAACGCCGGAUGGGAAUUCUACUCGGAAGCCAUCCGCCUUGGUCGAUGUACUGCUGGCAGUUUGUAUGCAAUACAGCAGCACCUUCUUCGUCGGUGGAAACGACCAGCAAGGAGAUUCGGAUGCUGGUUGGCAGGCAAAGAACGCGAAUCGCGCUAGUCGAGCUUACUAUCAGAGGGCCCAGAGGCUCCUGCAGAGAGAGCUCGAGAACCCAGGCAUCGUGGUGGUGCAGAGCCACAUCUAUUCGAUUGUCUAUUUGUACAACACUUCCCUACUAAAUACGGCUCACAUCAACCUGGGUGCUACUCUGCGCAUUGCGCACGCGCUGCGCCUGAAUAUCCGCCCGCUGGAUGGGAUCCCAGCCGCGCAGCAGGAGCUACAUCGUCGAAUUUGGUGGACACUCUAUCGGAUAGACAGCCAACUUUCGAUGACGUUGGGUCGACCUCCACUCAUUCAGCUAUCCCAUGUCAGCUGCGGGCUGCCUGGAGAUUCUCGCGAUUACGCCCGACUAUCUGGCACAGUACUCCUCUCAAAUGAUGAGGACAUCAGCUGGCUAAGCUUCCAUGUCCAAUGCACGAAGCUCACAUUUCUCGUUCAAGGCGUGCAGGCGGCAUUCCAGCGAAAAUGUUCCCAGUUGCUAAAUGGGGACAAGUCCAUCGAUAUUUAUGAUGACCCGCGCCUUCUCGAAAGCCUGGCUGAGUUUCUCGGAAGAGAGAUGACAGUCAUUCACAGCUGGGUUCAAAGUGUCCCGCAGUCCCUGUGCAAUGCUCGUAAGGGCACGGGAGAACCCUUCUCCACCAAUCGCGCCGCGCUGAAUCUAUCCCUGUAUAGCCCACUUUGGCUUCAGCGCCAACGCCUCUUGCUGGAGCUUCACUAUCAUCAUCUUCUGAUCUCGACACUACGUCCAUUCAUGAGAUUUCCUCCCGUCAGUUCUUCCAUGACCCCACAGACUGACGGAUUUAAUAUCACUUGUUUGAACCAUGCCAUGGCGAUCACCAGUAUUCUAAACCAAGUCCUGUCAGAGACGGAUCUCCUGCGCGGAUGGUCACCCAUCUUUCAAUACCAAUGGGAUGCUAUUCUAUGUACUCUAGGAUUUGUGCUCGCGAAUGCCCUCUGUCCCCCGACUCCUUCCGCUCGCAAGUCCCUGCAGACGGCUAUUAGCACGUUGGACCUGGUCAGCGAUCACUUCCUGGCAGCCAAAAACGCAGCUCAGGUUGUCCGUGAGGUUAGUUGCCAGGCAGAUCGACUCAUUGAUCACGUCCAGCAAGGGUUUUCACGGCGACAAGGGCCCCGCGGCAGCCAAGCCUUGACUACUAUGGGCCAGAAUGGCAAAGCAAUAUCAAGCCAAUCCUCAUUCACAACACCCGGGCAACCGACGCAAUCUGCCGCCGUGAAGUGGGCGCUACCACCAACAACAAUGGAGGUAUCUCCCCACCAGUCAAUGACAAGCUUCGAAGCACGCGUGCAGCUAUUGGAUAUGAUGCCCAUUGGCUCAUUGCCCGAGCUAUCUCCUACUCUAGGCACAUCAGAGUCUCUGUCGGGUGUGAUACCAUCUGCCACCUCAGCUGAUAUGGUCGCUGGCACUGAAGCUCAAUGGAUGCACGCAAGUGCCAUGAUCUUAGACUCCUGGACCACUAAUCCCUGA